CGUUCAUUAUUGUUAGGACAUUUAAAGUAGUGAAGAUCUUACAAGGACUUUGAUAUUACUUCCUCGUACACUUUGAUUAUUUCUCUACUGGGAAUCGUUGUCUGAAUGCGGAAGUAAUAUUUUAUCUAUACAAACACAGGACUAACGAUAUACAUGUAUAUCUAGUUCUACUUUGCAGAUAGAUGCUUGAAACUGUGAGAUCAUGGCGGCGAACAAGAAACCGAAGAAUGAAGAUUUUGAAAAAGCUCUUAAAUACUUAGAAAAAGAGACACGACGGUUGACAGAACUUUCAAAGAAUUUAUCUGAAUCUUGGAAAAAUGGUGACAGAGAAUGGGUGCCUAUGUAUCUUUUAGAGCAAACGAACGACAUAGAGGAAAAAAUGAAACAAAUAAGAUCUCUCAUACGUGUACCGCGAGAAAAUAUAGAAGACGCUACAAAUGAUACGGUCCAAGGUACUUGUCAAGAACACCAAGAGCAAAUAAAACAGCUAAAGAAGAACAAUGAAACACUACUCCAAAACAAUCAGACUUUGGAAAAAGAGUUGCGUGACUUGAAGAAAGAACUCAAGAAAGAAGAAAUACCACCAGUAAUUCAACCAAGUUUACAAGUUGAGAAGCAAGAAAAGAAGCCAGUCUCUACUUUUAAGGUCCCACAGGGUGAAGAGGUUCUGAAUUCACCUGAGAAUGCAUUUCUGAACAAAAUGCUGGAUUUUGAGUCAAAAUCUAAUAAAGAAAAAGCAGAUCUCAAAAGUGAAAAUGGGAAAUUGUCAGAAAAAAUAAACACUCUGAAAAGACGUAUACAAGAAUUAGAAAACGAAAAGUCUCAAUUAACUGAAAGAUCAUCUGCCACCUCGCAAAGGCCGGGAUCUGGCACAAAGAAAACCGAAAGGAAACAAAAUGAAAAACAACAGGAUAACAUGGGGAAAACACACAGAAAUGAAACUGACGCUGGCAAGGAUAGAAGUCAAGUGACAGUGGAAAAGAAAAAUGAAACUAAAGAACAAGAUGAAAAUGAAAGCUUUAACGCUGAUCUGGAUGCUUUGAAAAACAACCCAGAGCAACAAGAUGAAAAUAUCAAUCCUCAAGCGGAAAACAAGGGGGAUGAAAGUGGUAAGAAAGAUAUCAGCUUAGGAAAACAAGGACAAAAGCAGGAAUGUGAAGAAACAAAAACGAAUAACUUAGAACCUACAAAACAUGAACAACACAAUGCAAAUGAUUCUGCAGAAGAAAAAUGGAAACAUCGGUGUCGUGAGAUAGAAAAGGAAAAACGUCAAUUGAUCGAGAACAGGGAUAUACUUCAAGCACAGAAUGUUUCCUUAGAGACAUAUACUAAACAACUGAAAGAAGAGAAAGAUGAAUUAUUGCUGCGGUUGAGUAAAUUUGCUGGAAACAAGCUCGUUGAAAACAACCCGGCGAUAACUGAUCUCAGCGAUUCGAACAGACCAACAAAACUUGCAGAGUACUUCAGUGAGCUCUAUGACAACGAAUGGACAGAUGCUUUUGAGGCAUUAAAAACUGCUGGAUAUGAAGAGAUAACAGCGAUUGAAACAUUGCGUCUUACAUUAGAGAACGUUCUUCAAUUCUGCGCAAAGAAGGCUGAAUUAUUGUUAAGAAAAGCUUCUGAUGCAGUUAACCUACUGUUCGAAGAGUAUCAACAAUCUAUUAUGGAAAUGAAAGUACCCUCUCAUUUGACUAUUCCGAGGCAAAAUGCACUAAGUAUGGGCAAACAUUUACGGCGCGAACAAUCGUCGCUAGAUGACAUUAAGCUGCAGCACAUGUGGAAACCGAAAACUGAGAAAGGUGGCCAAAAGUCAUGUUCAGAAAAUGUGAAUGAAACAGAAAACAUCAAAAUUGAAGCCGAAAAUAAACUGAAGACUUUGCGAAAGGAAAUGGCGUCUACAAUGGUGCCGAUUGUACAAAAAGCAUAUAUGGAAGCAAGUUGGUCAAAACAGUGUAUAGACGAGAUCAAACCAUUUAUUCUGAAAUGUCUGUAUCUGGGUUGGAUGAUGAAAGUUCAGUCUCCUCCAAUGGUAUUUCAUAAAUGCGACAUGGAGGCCAGGUUUGACAAAAAUCUUUACAAAGAGUAUUUGACGUCAGGACAGCUAGUCAGUUUCGUGGUUUGGCCAGCACUAUUAUUGCACGACAGUGGGCCUAUAGUCUGUAAAGGGGUAGCAGAGGGCAAGAAAAUAUAAACAUGAAAUGACAAUUUCAACAAGUUCAAACAGCAUAUAUAUAAAGUAAAAGACCUAGAGAUAAAAAAAGUGACAAUGUAAAACUAAAACAUUUUUCUGUGUUUUGACAAUAUGGUUAACAGAUGACAACACACAACAUUUGGGCAGAAUUGUGUUAAUAUGCUCAAGUGAUUGAUCGUCAUAGAAAUAGUACGAGUUGAACAACAAUAUACUUCUUACACUGUACAAACUGAGAAUAAAAUGAUUGUAGAUUGGAUGAUUUCGUUGGCUGAUAAUUGAUUGCAGGUUUAUAAAUAUACCAACGUACACUGUUUACUAAAUUCUUAUGAAGCAAUGAGAUGCAAUUUGUCCAAGGAUAUUUAAUUUGUUGAUAUCUAUUUAAUGUAAAUGCCUAACUUAAUGCUUCUACGCAGUGUUUUUUGCCUUAAUAUGACCCUACAGCAUUUGGUGAUUAUUUUAUUAUACUCUACGAGGGUAUACAUAGAUUAAAAUAAAGCAAACGCUUAAAUGUAUUUCAUUUGAAAGUAUAAGUUGAUCAAUGGAGUUCGCGCUAU